UGGAAACGAUGAAACUGUUGAACAUGGUUUGUUAUAUUGUCAGAAAUAUAGUGCUGAAAGAGUUCAAAUGAUUAACAAUCUACCCAAAAUGAAAAUCAGAUUGAAUCCCUUUGAAUUAUUACAGAGAAAUUCAAUAUCUGAUAGUUCUCAAGUUCUGAUAAAUCUUAAAAUGACCCGUUUAUUUGAAAGGAUAUGAGUUAUAAAUAUAUCUGUCGUUCCAGUCAACACUCCAUACCAGUUGGUGGCGGUAAAGCACGUCUACAGUUAUUUGCCCACCGUCACAAAAUCCUACAAGAAGAAGAACUUUUCCCUCUGAUAGUUUCCGUCUCUCCCAAAGAAAUCUUCUGAAAUGCGGAAGUUCUUGGAAGGUUGUGGUUCCACCGGAGGAACGCUGGAGAUGCUCUGCUCAGAAAGUCCGACGUUAGCCGGCUGUUAGGUCUCUUUGUGGUCCCCGGUUCUCCGAACAGCCCCGUCGGUCCUCAUGGAGAGCAGAACCUUCUCCAGGUACUCCUGGAUAGAUUUCGCGUUCUCGGUGGUGGGAGUUUGCACCUUCCUGUUGGACUGGGGUUCCGACCUGUGGCUGGCCAAAGAGUUUUACUGUAGGGGGGACCUUUUGUGGUUCGGAGUAUUGGUCGGCCUCUUGGUCCUGUCCUCUAUCGUGGUCCAGAUGUUCAGCUGGUUCUGGUUCCAGUACGACAAGGAGCUGCCGGCGUUCAGUGGGGAGGCUACCGGGGCUGGCAGUAUGUUCUGUGGGAACCGAGUAAAGCUGUUCUGCCUGUUGCAUGUUCUCCAACUGGGCUUCCUCUGCAGACACAUCUCUGUGAUACGCCACGGCUUCAGGGUGUGGUGGAGGAAGGAGGAGGGCUCAGACUAUGCCAUCUACCUCACACAUGAUCUGAGCAUGCUACGUCUGAUUGAGACGUUCUGUGAGAGCGCUCCUCAGCUCAUCCUGAUGAUCUACGUCAUGCUCCGCACCAACAAGGCCAGGACAGUCCAGUUUGUCAGCGUUGCUGCUUCCACCACAUCCAUCACCUGGAUGGUGAUGGAGUACCACCGCUCCCUGCGCUCCUUCCUCCCAGAUAAAGCCAAGCAGCACUGGGGUUCUUCCCUGAUGUACUUCCUGUGGAACCUGCUGCUGAUUGGCCCCCGCGUAGCGGCCCUUGCCCUUUUCUCCUCCGUCCUGCCUGACUUCAUCGCUCUUCACUUCCUGCUGCUGUGGCUGGUGUUCGUACUGUGGGUGUGGCAGCAGAGGACCAACUUUAUGGACAGCGCUGGGGGGGAGUGGCUGUACCGCGCCACUGUGGGUCUCAUCUGGUACUUCAGCUGGUUUAAUGUGGCUGAGGGCCGGACUCUCGGCCGCAGCAUUAUCUACCACUCCUUCAUCACUGUCGAUGUAGUUGUCCUUCUCGCCACCUGGUGGGGUUAUAGAGACCGGGUGCAGACCAAGGCGUAUGGCCUCGCUCUACUCAUUGCCCUUCCUCUCACCUACCUGCUGGGUCUCCUUUUUAAAGCCCUCUACUACUGCUGCUUCCACCCCAAACUGCUCAGGCACCUGGAAAGGGAGCCCAGGCUGCAGGAAGAUCUGGCUGGCUCUGAUGUGGCCUUCAGAGACUUUUCUACACAGGAUGGAACGCCAGCCUCCCAGCUGUGCAACCAGCGCAUGGCCUGCCACGCUGCUAAUUUUUACACCAACAGGUGAACCGACAGGACCAUUGACAGAGCGUACAGAACCGAGACGUCACAUUUCUGAGUAAAAGGAUGUACCAGCUUCCUGCUUGUGUUCAGUCUCCAUGGUUCUUCUGCAGCAUCACAGAUCAAACACAGGGAGCUUCCUCAAUCCUACUUCUCUGUGGGCACGAGGGCCUUUGUGGAGAAAAGCUAAACUCUUUAGGGUGCAGAGAUGAGUUACAAGCAAUAUUUAAAAAUCAUAAAACUGAUUUAGAUCAUGUACUUCCUCUGAUUUAUAUUAUCCCAAUAAACCUUUUAGCCCAGAACAUCAGUUUUCCCAAAUAUUCCCACAGAUUGAUCAUAAUGAUCCAAUAUCUGUUCCCAGCCUUUCCCACGGUCUCCCUCUGAAUCAACAAAAGUCCAAAAAAGGUUUUAAAGAGAAAAAUACUCCAACAGUGGUAAUAAUAACGUGGGAGCUGA